AUGGACGAUCUUCAAGAGGGAUGUCCUCUUUCUUCUGUUGCUGCUUCUUCAAACAAGAAUCGAAAAGGCAAAUCGCCUAGGACGCCCUUCUCUGAUUUGACAAACUUAACAAACUGUUCUUCUCUCAAAUCGACUUUCAAUGGCAUGCUCUCAAACGAGCAGGUCAACAUUAAUGUUAAUACUAAGAAGGGAUUGGCUGCUGCAUGUAGUGAUUGUGUUUCUAGAUCUCCUGUUUGCAUUAAUUUAUUCCAGAAGGCCGAUGUUCAUCUGCCAAGCCGAGGUUUGUUUUCAUCUGAAAACAAUAAUGAUGUCCACGGUAAGAGAAGGAAGCCAGGUGAUGAACAGCAGGAUGUUCAUUUGGAACAAAUGCCUAAACAAAGAACAAAGAAAUCUAGACUUCAUGUACCUGAUGAUCUGAGUUGUAUUACCAGAAACAUUUUAACCAAUCAGACAAAACCAAUUCAUAGUUCUGCUUUGUCCACUCAUCUUGAUGACGGAGAAUCCUCAUUCAUUGCAGAUCAUGAAUUGUAUGAUGACUUCCUUGGUGAUGAUGAUUAUUCGGAACAUGACGAAGACUUCAACUCCAGAUAUGAAAAGAACCUAAAACCUGUUCUAAAAGGGUAUGGAUGCCUUGGUCCACCUAUGGGCAAAUGUGUUAAAUGUCAAUCAAUAAUGUGGGCGGAGGAGAGAUCUAACAAAGGUGUCAAAAAAGGUUUGUUCAAGUACAAUAUAUGCUGUGGCAAUGGCAAAGUGAAGCUUCCGCCGGCUCCAAGAACUCCAUCAUACCUUUGGCAGCUUUAUAAUGAUCCGGUCAAAGGUCCUCACUUCCACCGUAAUACACGGGUGUACAAUACUAUGUUUGCCUUCACGUCAGCUGGUGGCAAUGUGGACACAUCAAUAAAUAGAGGAGGGUCGCCUAACAUAUAUAAGUUGAAUGGUCAGAACCAUCACCUUUUUGGUUCAUUGAUUCCAGACGAAGGUAAGGAUCCCAAAUUCUCACAACUAUAUAUCUAUGACACUGCUAACGAGGUUGUAAACCGAAUGAGGUGGAUUGAGGCUGAUCGUUCAGAUGAAAUUAAUCAGGAGAUUGUUAGUGGUCUAAUUGUAAUGUUGGAUGAAAAGAAUGAACUUGUGAAAAAAUUCCGAACUGCCCGUGAUAGGUUUGAAAAGGACAAUGUUGUUGAAUUGGAUAUCUUUUUGAAAGUAUCUAAAUCAACUGAUGGUAAGGAGAAUCGCCCUGGUCCUUCAAAUGAAGUUGCUGGAAUCUUGGUCGGUGAUCAAGAAGAGACUGAUCAGAGUCGUGACGUCAUUGUUGAUGAGAUCAAAUCUGGACUACAACGGAUUCCCAGCAUUCAUCCAAAAUUGAUGGCGUUGCAGUAUCCUUUACUUUUUCCUAAUGGUGAAGAUGGAUUUCACCUAGGAUUAAAAUAUCAAGCAACCGAAGAGCAGCGUGGUAAAACCAGAGAGAGUAUAACCUUGAAGGAUUACUAUGCAUACAGACUACAAGUCAGACACAGUGAAGGCGCGGCUAUGGUGGUACAGACCCAUCAGACGACUCUAAGGAGUGAGUUGUACAGUCACAUAUGUGAUACAAUACGUUCUGGUGAUCUAGAUAAAUCUAAUCUUGGAAAAAGUUUCAUUCUGCCAGCGGGCUACGCUGGAUCAAAACGAUAUAUGCAACAGAAUUUUCAAGAUGCUCUUGCCGUGUGUCGUCACAUUGGCCACCCGGACAUUUUCCAUACCAUGACAUCAAAUCCUAUGUGGCUAGAGGUCAUUGAGAUGAUGAAGCUGAUUCCAUAUGGUACCCCUGUUGAUAAUCCUGAUAUAAUAGCUAGAGUAUUCAAGCUCAAACUAAAUCAGCUGCUCAAUGAUAUCCGCCAAGAAAGUUUCUUUGGAACAUGCAUUGGAGUUAUGUAUGUCGUUGAAUUCCAGAAGCGCGGACUGCCUCAUGUGCAUAUGUUGAUAUGGCUGGAUUCUGAUUCAAAAAUAAAAUUGAAAAGAAAUGUUGACAAAUUUGUUUCAGCUGAAAUCCCUGAUCCAGAAAUUGAUCUAGCUGGUUAUGAGACUGUCAAACAAUUUAUGAUACAUGGUCCAUGUGGUCCAGAAUUCCCAAAAUCUCCAUGCAUAAUUAAUCACAAAUGUUCUAGGCACUUUCCCAAGAAGUAUGCAGCGAGCACAACUUUUGAUGAUUCAGGUUUUCCCGUCUACCAGAGGAGGAACACUGGGAUUACAGUUAACGUGAGAAAUGCAGAACUUGAUAAUCAAUGGGUUGUCCCAUACAACAGAGAUUUGUUGGUUAAGUACCAGUGUCACAUAAAUAUUGAAAUAUGUUGCCAUGCUCGCAGCAUCAAACAUUUGUUCAAAUAUUGUUUGAAAGGUCCUGACAGAGCUACUGUUGAAAUACGUGGUUCCAAAGCAACUCAAAAAACCAGGCAAGAUUACCCUGUCGAUGAGAUUCAACAAUAUUUUGAUGGAAGAUAUAUCUGUGGUGCUGAGUCUGAAUAUCAUACCUUUGGCUUUGAUAUUCAUCAUAGGUCCAUCUCCGUCGAGCGUUUGCCUUUCCACCUUCCUGGCAGACGAUCAUUUGACAGUAAUGCUAGACAGUAUACAUAUGAUGAAAUCCCAAAACAUUAUGUUUGGAAUGAUUCACAAUGUUCGUGGAAUCCCCGCAAGAAAGGUUUCCAAAUUGGCCGUUUGACCUACUGCCACCAUAGCAGCGGUGAUGUCUGGGAAGCUGCCAAUCAAUAUGGUUUUUUGAAUGAUGAUAAUGAAUGGCAUGAGGUCAUUGCAGAGUGUGCAAAAUGUGGAUUUGCAUCCCAGAUCAGACAACUAUUUGUUCACAUCAUUGUCAAUUUCCAGGUGAACGAUAUCUACAAAUUAUGGUCUUCGCAUACGGAAUGUUUGACUGAUGAUAUAUUACACCAAAUACGGAAAACCACUGGCAAUCCCACACUCACUCUGACUGAUGAGGAGAUUCUUUAUCAUGCUCUUGCAGAUGUUCAUUAG